AUGGCUGGCAAUAAAGCUGAUCCUCGUGUCGCCCACAUCUCGCUUGAGGACAUCGAGAUUGCACGUUCGGAACUGCCCAAACAAGGCCCUCUCUCAGUGUCCGAGGAUGGACAUCUGUGGCUUGCUCGGCAGCAAAAAUGGCCUUCAUUUGAAGAGCUUCUACGCGAUCUAGAAGAGUCUGAUGCCGAUGGUCAUGUUCAUGACAAGCUUGCGAAACCAAUCACCGUUGAACCCCAGAUCGAGGGUAUGCCAUGCGGGGCAGACAUGUACCCUGGACCCUGUUCCGAAAUGAAUGCCCUAUUCUGCAAAAUGAGACGCAAGAAUUUCGAAAUAAGUGAUGGGAAUGAAGACCAGGGCAUGAAUAAUGGCCCAGUGUCUUCUACUCUCCCCUCUUCGCCCGAUGAAGAAGAAGAAAACCAAGAAGCCGACGCAUAUUCUUCGCAUGACGAUAAGUCGACUAUUACUAACAUGAUUUUUCAGAUGAUGUUCGUUUCUGGAGAAACUGCCGAGCCUUCCAUCGACACUACUACCCUGAUUGAGGAUAUCACUCGUCAGCAAGUCCUUGAAAUUCUAAGCCGCAGCACCCAACUGGCCACUCGUCGAGGAUCUCGCUCCAUCUCAACCGAUGAUCUUAUCUUCCUAAUUCGUCACGACAAAGCGAAAGUCUCUCGUCUCCGGACUUUCCUGUCCUGGAAAGAUGUCCGUAAGAACGUCAAAGAUUCCGACGACAAAGGCGGUGCCGAUGCAGCUGACUUUGCCGCUGCUGACGAUGCGGCUGGUGUUGUUGCUGGCCCGCAGGAUGUAGCCGCAAAGCCCAAGAACAAGCGCGCCAAGGUCGGACUUGCGUGGGACGUGCACAGCUUUUUUUCCGUGCAGAUUCCGGAGCGUGAUGACGAAGAGGACGAGGAAGAGGAGGAACAAAAUUACGCGACCCUCCAGCGUCUGGCUGCUGCCGACGAGCGUACCAAACACAUGACCCGAGAGGAGUACGUCUUCUGGUCCGAGUGCCGCCAAGCGUCGUUCACAUACCGUAAGAGCAAGCGGUUCCGCGAGUGGGCCGGAUUCGGAAUUGUCACCGAGUCGAAGCCUAACGACGACAUUGUCGACAUUCUCGGCUUCCUCACCUUCGAGAUUGUGCAGACGCUGACCGAAGAGGCGCUGAAGGUGAAGGAGCGCGAGGACCACGAGAAGAACCGUGGUGGUGCCGAGACUACCGGCGAGAGCGCCAAGAAGCGCAAACGCGAGACCGGCCUGUUCGACCCUCCCGAGGAAGGCCGUACUCCAAUCGAGCCCCGGCACAUUCGGGAGGCUUACCGCAAGCUGCAGGCCACGCCCCAGAAGGCCAUUGCCAUGCUCUUGCACAAUGGCCGCGUGCCCGCCCGUUUGCCCCUUCGCUUGAUCUGA